UGGGGGCGGCAACCAGACCUCAUGGGGAAAGUCCUCAGCAUCAAUGCGCACGCUCAGUCACCAUGCUGCCAGGGCGUGUGGGACUCAUGAAUCAACGCCGUUGAUAAGCUUGAUUCAAACCUCGAAGAUAUUGGGGGAGGACAGGGGUUCGCGGGAGACGAGACAGUCGACACAUCGGGACGGCGGCCAAAAGGGAAUUACGCCCGCUUCCUGCAUCUGCCGUCCGUCAACUCGCGUCAUCAUGAAAACUCACUCGGACACACUUCAAGGCGCUCGUUCUUCCACUCGUGAGAACCCAGCAAGAAUCCGGACAUGGCAUCUGGGGAUAUCCGCCGGCCGCCCGGUGCAAGAAGACGUACACAUAUGCACCAAGCGGGCUCUAAGCCAAGUCGGACUGUGGCAGCGCAUUAGCACAGCGGCUGCCGGAGCUUUACGGCUGUAUCCAUCAUUUUACGUCACCGUGCAACCGCUACUUCACUGCCAAAUUGCCGCACACCAGCAGCCAAGCUCCCUACAAUCAUCGCGCUCCAUCAACGGUGCUACCAAAGCAGGCUCGCCGCAAAGCAGCACCAAUUUGCAACAAUUCUGA